AUGGCCGACAAGCUAGAAGAUACCCCGACCGUCAUUGACGAGACCACCAUCUCGCCCAGCCGGCCGGAUCAAGCGAGGAAGGACUCGCUGGAGCAUCACUUGAGCCACCGGCCAGAGCGCCAGGAGCUUGUAGAGAGGAAUAUCCUCCCUGCGUCCACAGCCGCCCCGGGCAUUCAAGCACAGCAAAAAGAGCUCGAGAAGCACAUGCGGGCCGACUCGCUGAACGAGAAGAUUUCCCAUCGACCUUCUCCGGAGACGUUGAUCAAGGAGGGUGUGCUUCAUGAGGACCCGCGCUCGCCCGAGGAUAAAUACGCCGAGGCCAUUGAGGAGGAAUACGCCAAGCGGGAAGGUGGUGCUUGA